AAUUUAUUAUGUGAUCAACUGUCAGUUUUGUUUUUUAUUUAUUAUGUUUUUCUUGCUAGUGGAUUUUUUUUGACAUCUAUUGUAAAUACUAAACAAGCCCAGAGCGUCUAAAUAAGUCCAAUUAGGAGGAGGUUGAUGCCAAACUGUUGUUGCAUCGCCGAUCCCAAAUGCUAGAAAAACACCUAGACGAUAUGAUUGCAUCGCUGCUCAGCUGGAAAAUCGAUAGGCGAAUGUCUGUACCUGAAUCAGACCUUGUAAAGAUGUUAAAGCUUGCUCGUGAAGUCCUAAUGUCUGAGCCAAUGCUGUUAAAUGUGGAAGCACCUGUUAAUGUUCUUGGAGAUAUACAUGGCCAGUAUAAUGACCUUCUGCGUUAUUUUGAAACAUCAGGACACCCACCAAACAAGCGAUACUUAAUGCUAGGUGACUAUGUGGAUCGUGGCAAGUAUUCUGUUGAGACUCUAACUCUUCUGUUAGCAUACAAAGUCCGCUACCCAGCGAGCAUUCAUCUUCUUCGUGGAAAUCAUGAGUCGGCUGCCAUAAAUCGCUUUUAUGGCUUCUAUGACGAAUGCAAAAGGCGAUUUACUAUCCGGCUUUGGAGGAUGUUUGUUGACUGUUACGACUGCCUUCCAGUUGCAGCUAUUAUUAAUUCAAAAAUAUUUUGUUGUCACGGUGGUCUGAGCCCAUCCUUACACGACAUGAAUGACAUUAUUCAUUUGCAACGACCUGCAGAAGUCGACCGGAAUGGACUUCUAUGCGAUCUUUUAUGGUCAGACCCGGAUCCCACCGCCAUCGGCUGGGGAAAGAAUACUCGUGGUGUCAGUUUUACGUUUGGUGUAGACAUUGUGGAGGCUUUUCUUACACGUUUUAGCUUUGAUUUGAUUUGUCGGGCUCACCAGGUUGUAGAGGAUGGCUAUGAGUUCUUUGCAAAACGACAGCUUAUCACAAUCUUUUCGGCCGUUAAUUAUUGUGGUGAGUUCGAUAAUGCAGGAGCAAUGAUGUGCGUGGAUGCUGAACUAAAUAUUACCCUGGUAGUUAUGAAGCCAAAAAAACGUGUGGGAAUAACUACAAAGCCUGUUGUUGAAAAGAUGCCUGAACACUUGUAAUUCUAAUAAGUAUUAAUAAUACUUAAUUUUAUUUGUGUCUAAAUACAUCCAAGAUUUUCACAAAGAGUAAAA